AAUCUGUUCAUGCUGUUUGAUCUUCAAUGAAGGAAAAAGCUUUGCAAAAAGGGGACUGGGGCUUUUGGACUUUCAAGAUCAUAUAUUUACCUUUCACAGGGGAAAAUCACUGAAGUUAUUGACAACCAUGGUUCACAAGAGCAAAUCUUUCUGGAUUUCCAAUUUUAAGGAUCAUGCAAUUAACAUUAAUGUUGGGGGAUUAAAAAAACGUGUUAGUUCUAUCACCUUGUCUCAAUUUCCAGACACCAGACUUGGACGGUUACUUUUCUGUGAAACUGAAGAAUCUAUUCUACAAAUUUGUGAUGACUAUGACCUAGUUUCCAAUGAGUUUUACUUUGAUCGAAACCCUGGACUAUUUCCCUAUGUUCUGUACUUUUAUGAGACUGGAAAACUCCAUAUGAUGGACGAUUUGUGUGCCUUCUCUUUUUCCCAAGAAAUUGAAUAUUGGGGAAUUAGUGAGUUCUUCCUUGACUCGUGCUGCAGCUAUAGAUACCAUGAACGUAAAUUAGAAAGCAGGCGACGCAACUGGGAUGAGGAAAGUGAGGUGAGCAGUGUUGAUACUUCUGUUGAUGAAAUUUCUGACUUCAAUCAUGACCUCAUGCGCUUUAAUACCUUACAGUGUGGAAAUUUGCGCAAAAGACUUUGGCUCACUAUGGAAAAUCCAGGGUAUUCUAUACCAAGCAAAAUUUUUAGUUUCAUUUCCAUUUGCGUUGUAAUUCUCUCAAUAUCUACAAUGUGCAUCAACAGUAUGCCAGAAUACCAGAAGUUAGACAAGGAUGAAAUUCCUAUUGAUGACCCAAUCCUUCACAAUCUGGAAUAUUUCUGUAUCUCCUGGUUUACAUUUGAGGUAUCUUCAAGGUUGAUCCUUGCCCCAAACCUUAAGAAGUUCUUCAAACAUCCUUUAAACUUAAUUGACAUUGUGUCCGUGUUACCAUUUUAUUUUACCCUAUUGGUUGAUUUGACUGUUGGCAGUGAUCAUGAGUUGGGAAAUUUGGGGAAAGUUGUUCAAGUAUUUCGCUUAAUGAGAAUUUUUCGGGUCCUGAAAUUAGCACGGCAUUCUACUGGACUACGUUCACUUGGAGCAACACUAAAGCAUAGCUACAGAGAAGUGGGAAUAUUACUUCUUUACCUGGCUGUUGGCGUCUCAGUUUUUUCUGGAAUGGCAUACACUGCAGAAAAGGAUGAAGAUACAGGAUUUGACACAAUACCUUCUUGUUGGUGGUGGGGGACUGUCAGCAUGACAACAGUAGGCUACGGUGAUGUAGUACCUGCCACGGUUGCUGGGAAGCUAGCUGCCUCUGGCUGUAUCCUGGGUGGGAUAUUGGUUGUAGCCUUGCCUAUAACAAUCAUAUUCAACAAGUUUUCACAUUUUUACCGCAGGCAGAAAGCGCUAGAAAAUGCAGUAAGGAACAGUGAUAGGGAAUCAGAGAAAAAACCCAGUGCAAUGGAUGAGAGAGAAGAUGAACAAUUUGCAGAUCUCUAAAAGCAAACACAAUCUGGACAUUUA